GCAGAACAAGCUAGCUAGGCCUUAUUGGAUGGAACCAAUGUAGUGGCGUGCACUCACUAGUGUGUGUGUGUGUGUGUGUGCUCUGUGGAAGUGCUCGAAAUUGUGGCAGUGGUGCUGUUCGUGCGUUGGUGGGUUGUUUGUGCCACAGGCAGAGGGAUUCGGAAAUUGGGAUCGGGUCCAGCCCCAAGGGAAUGACAGAGGUGGGCAGGAUCGUCAUCUUGAUCUAAAGCCCGUGUGCGUGUCCAGGUUGUGAGGUCUGAGGAGGCUUUAACUCUCUGUCUGUAACUGAUUCUCCAUCACCUUCAUCCUCCAUCGUCGUCAUCAUCCAUCCCAUCCCUCACAAGAGCAGGAGGAUGUCGAGCUCGGAGACGGGAUCGGAGGAAGUGUUAGGCGGACGAGGCGGGGGAGGAGGAGCGGGGGGUGGGGGAGGUCAUGGGGACUUGGCCUCGCGCACCUUGGUAUUGGAGUCCAAGCGUUUCUACUUGGAUGUGAAGGAGAACACGCGGGGUCGCUUCCUCAAGAUGGCUGAGAUCAGCGCGGAUGGACGAAAGAAUCAAAUCCUCAUGAAUCUGCCCACUGCGGCUCAAUUCCGCCAGCAUCUCGUGUCUUUCAUCGAAUGCUACCAAGAUUUGGAGCCUGUCGACCCGAACAACUUGACUCAAGGCGAGCUCAAGUCCGAGGUCAUGUACAAAGAGGAUAAGAAAUAUCACCUUGACUUAAAGGAAAAUGCCAGAGGUCGAUUUCUCAAAGUCUCCGAGACGUUUACCCGCGGUCAUUCGCGGUUCCAAAUCUUCAUUCCGGCUGAUGGGAUGGACGAGUUCAAUCAACAUCUCAAGGAGCUCAUUGACGAGUACAAUGACGGGGAUGUGGAAGAGGCGUCUAAUUUCCCCGAGAACCGCAACAUCCGCAUCGAGAACAAGACAUUCUUUUUCUCGUGCAAACGCAAUGCCCAAGGCCGAUACAUCACCGUGUCCGAAUUCAAAGGCAACUAUCGUAAUUCGAUCCUCAUCCCGGAAUCAGGAUGGGACGAGUUCAAUGAAGUAUUUGACGAGUAUGUCAAGCAAUGUAAAGACAACGCUUGAGUCUAACGAAUCUCCGAGUACUUACCGAAGAAAAAGAGGAUCUAGGAAUAAUUGGCAGCAAAGUAUACUUGGGGACGAAUGAAUCAAGCACGUACGUACCCCACAUCCGUGAGAGGAUCGAGAAAAAGAUGAGGAGGAGCCAGUCAUGAACCCCGUGGAAAUUAUGCCGAAAUUGAACCAAAAUUAUUAAAUCGUCUUGCCCAGCCAGUGUCGGGCCAUGGGCAUUCUCUUGCGUGCUUCGAGUACAACAAAAGAUGAGUUUCCUGACAGACGAUGUUACGCCGUGUCUCCAGAUCAUCGGAUCUCCAUCGUCGCGCCAAUUCUAUUUUUCCACGAAUGCCUGAAGGUUACGGUUGUUAGAAAUGCCAUCUGUACCUUACCUUUCAUUGUGUUGCCGUUAAUAUUGAUCCCUUUAUGAACGCAAUUGGCACCCAAUUCGACACCAUUGAAUUGAUAAGCAUAUUUACGAUAUUUACGUUGUAGCUAGGCUCUUGGUUAAAAACUAGCAAAUCUAGAUUGGUCGACAAUGCUUGAUCAAGCACAACCCCAAGUCUAUGGUCGCAUAUGACUUAUGACCUCUCAUUAAAUAGAGCUUCUUUUGACCAUGGAGUAGCUUCUCGCCGAUGUCAUGACAAAAGAAAAAAAAAGGCUUAUUUCCUCAAACAAGAUCAAUUCUAAUGAUUAAUCCCCGACAACUAGAAGCUAUAUGACUAACAUGAUUGCCCGGCAACUGAUCCACCAGAUUUCAGCCUUACAGUUUAACUUUUAUCCAUGCCCCUCCAUAGUCCGAACACCAUUUGCACGCCCUCGUUCCAAGUGUGUGCCAUGAUGUACUCGGCCAUAUUCACGUAUUCUCCAUCUCUCGUUUGUCAUCCAUCCUCCAGCCAAGCAUAGUUUUAAAAGCAAACGAUUUCCCCUCUCCUCUCUCUCUCUCUCUGCAUCCACCUAUCUCACAAUCAACCAACAAUACGAUAUGAUUUCGCGAUUAUCCAUGAUUGCUCGCUAGAUCUUCAUAUGUAACCUUAAAUUAUCUCCGUUGCCCAAUUGCCAUAUUGUUACGUGGCUUCAAACUCAAGAUUCAAGGAAAGCAAGAUCAUUAAUAUAAAUAUUCAAAAUUAUCAAAAGUAUGUAGAAAAAAAAGCAAAUAUAUGAUUUACAAAGGAGAAA